AUGGCUCCUUCCGACACUUCCUCCCUCGAGGAUCUACACAAGGAGUAUGACUAUGUCAUCGUUGGUGGUGGUACUGCUGGUUUAGUAGUUGCCAACCGAUUGACCGAGCUCUCCUCCGUCAAUGUUCUCGUUCUUGAGGCCGGAGCCAACCGUCUCAAUGACCCCCGAAUUCAGGCACCAGGUCUCGCUGCCACCACUUACUUUGAGCCCGAAUUCGAUUGGUGCAUAACUAGUACAUCUCAGCCUGGUCUCAAUGGUCGAAGUUUGGCCGAGCCUCGUGGAAAGACUCUGGGUGGAUCCUCUGCCAUCAACCUUGGUAUGAGUAUCUACCCCAGUCAAACUGAUAUCAAUGCCUGGGAGGAACUUGGUAACGAGGGCUGGAACUGGGACUCUUUUUCCAAAUUUUUGAAGAAGUCGCAAACUCUCACUCCCCCUUCUGCAGCAACCAAGGAGGAACUGUCCAUUGACUAUAUUGAUCCCUCUGUUCAGGGAACUUCGGGUCCACUCCAAGUGUCAUUCGGCGAGGGACCAUUCCCAGCAUUCAACGGUGCCUGGCCCAAGGUGUUCCAGAAUCUGAACAAAAAGGUCACUGGAGAUCCUAUGUCAGGAAUUGCCAAGGGCGCCUUCUGUAAUCCGGGAACUGUCGACCCCAAAACUAGACAUCGCAGCCAUGCCGGGUCGGCUUAUUAUGAUGAGGAAACCGCCAAGCGACCCAAUCUGCGUGUCAUCACUGAAGCCCCUGUUGAGAAGAUACUUAUUGAAAAAGAAGACGGGAAAGAUGCCGUUGUGAAGGGAGUCGUCUUCACCGGCAAGGACGGAGUUGCACGUACUGUAGCCGCUAAGCAUGAAGUCGUUAUGGCUGCUGGAGCUCUCAAGACCCCUCAACUACUUGAGAUUUCCGGAAUCGGUAAUAGCACCAUCCUUCGCGAGCAUGGCAUUGAGACGAUCAUUGAUCUCCCGGGUGUCGGAGAGAACUCCCAGGAACACGGUUUCGUUCCAUUCAGUUGGGAGGCUGCAGAUGGGCAAAUGACUGCUGAGGCCCUACGAGACCCUGCAGUUGCAGCCGGUGCUAUGGCAGCCUGGCAACAGACCGGUGCUGGACCACUUGGUAUUGUUCCUCUGCAUUCAGCAUUCCUUACUCCCCCCGAGCUUGAGGGCCCGGAACUCCAAGUACUUAUUAAGGAACACAUUAAGGAUGAAGGCCUCUCACCAGGUCUGAAGGCUCAGUACGAUAUCAUCAAGCGUAUGCUCGAGGACAAGGAUGAACCCAUUGGACAGUUUACCCUGGCACCAUUCCAAAUCACGCCUGAGAAGGGACCUAGCCCCAAGGGAAUCUUUGCAAUGACCGAGCCCGAGUGCUUCGCCAGUAUUGUUUCUAUUCUCAACCGCCCUUUCUCGCGUGGUAGCUCCCACAUUUCAUCCUCUGACAUUAAUGACCACCCUACCUUCGACAUUGGAUUCUUCAAACACCCUAUCGAUAUCCAGCUCCAUGGUCGUCUUACUGCCUGGCUGGAAACUAUCGCUUUCACUGAACCCAUGGCACCACUGCUCAAGUCUGGCGGUCGACGUCUGCAGGAGUCUUCCGCGAACAUGUCUGUUGAACAAGCGAUUGAACUGACAAGAAAUCGUAUUGUUGCUCAUUACCAUCUGUGCGGUACGACUUCCAUGCUUCCAAAGGAACAUGGCGGUGUCGUUGACUCCAAGCUCCGUGUCUAUGGCACAAAGAACUUGCGCAUCGUCGAUUCUGGUAUAAUUCCUCUUAUUCCCCGUGGUAACAUUCAAGCUACUGUUUUCGCCAUUGGAGAGAAGGCUGCCGAGCUCAUUUUGGCAGAUAUAAAUGUUUAA